UCUUCCAUUAUUUUCUAUUUUUGCUAUUGGAGUUUUCAGCAGCUUCACUUGAGCCCACAUGCAAUAUCAAAGAACAAUUUGAAAUGCAAGGCUUGUAUAAAAAGGGAGAUAUUAUAAUAGGAGGAAUUUUUGAAGUAAGUUUUAAAGCAAUUUUACCAGAUUUAUCCUUUCAUUCUAAACCGGAGAGAUGGAAGUGUGAAAGUCUAGAUUUCUCUACAUUUCAGUGGGCACUGACAGUGGUUUUAGCUAUUGAAGAAAUUAACAGAGACCAGUCAUUACUUCCUAACAUCACACUGGGCUACAGGCUCUAUGACAAUUGUAUGAAACUCCAGGUUGCUCUCAGAGCAGCAGUUACACUGAUUGCAGGUCUUGAAAACACUGUUACAGAUUACAACUGUAAAGGACUUCCUCCUGUUGUUGCCAUGAUAGGAGAUCCACUUUCUUCUCAUUCAAUUGCUAUUUCGAGGGUGUUGGGUCUUUUUCGCAUCCCUAUGAUAAGUUACUAUGCUACAUGUUCCUGUUUAAGCAACAAAAGGGAGUUUCCCUCAUUUUUCAGAACUGUACCCAGUGAUGCUUUUCAAGUUAAAGCCUUAGUUCAAAUUAUCAAACAUUACGGGUGGACCUGGGUAGGUGUUGUAGCAUCUGAUGAUGACUAUGGGCAGUAUGCUGUUAAAAGCUUUCAUGAAGAAAUGAGCACAUUUGGCUGUGUUGCUUUUAGUGAAACGCUCCCUAUUGUUAAUGCCAGAGGAAAAAUUCUUCAAAUUGUCAACACAAUUAAACAGUCAACUGCAAAGAUCAUAGUUAUUUUUUCCACAAGACAAGAUGCUACUGCCCUAAUACAAGAAACUGUUCAUCAGAAUAUAACUGGCAGACAAUGGAUUGCAAGUGAAGCUUGGAGUACAUCAACAUUUUUAGCCACAAAGGAAAAUUUUGCAUCAUUUGGGGGGACAAUUGGCACAGCUAUUCGCAGAGGUGAAAUUCCAGGGAUGAAAAAUUUUCUUCUAAAAAUUCGUCCUGAUUUUGCUCCAAGUAAUAAUUUACUUUUAAAAUUUUGGGAAACAAUGUUCGAAUGCAAAUUUGUGGACAACAUAACCAAUCUGAACAAUUCGUACCUGCCUGACAGCAAACAAUGUACAGGACUGGAAGACCUCAACAGCAAGCAGACUUCUUACACAGAUGUCACUGAAUCCAGGGCUUCAUACAAUAUUUAUAAAGCGGUGUAUGCCUUGGCACAUGCCCUUAAUAAUUUAGCAUCCUGUGAAAAUGGAAAAGGCCCUUUCGAAAAUAGCAGCUGUGCAAGUGUUACCCACUUUCAGCCUUGGCAGCUGAUGCAUUAUUUGAAGACUGUCAAUUUCACCAGCCAUUUGGGAGAGAGAGUGGCUUUUGAUGAAAAUGGAGAUGCCCUUGCAAUCUAUGACAUCGUAAACUGGCAAAUGGGAAGUGAUGGGAAUGUGGAAAUUAAAACCGUUGGCAUUUAUGAUAAAGCUGCUGGCACCUCACAAGAGGUUUUCCUUAAGGAGGAUAUCAUUUUUUGGAAUUUUCCUUCUGGAACAUUUCCAGAGUCCAUUUGCAGCAAAAGCUGUCAGCCUGGCACUAGAAAAGCAACUAGGAAAGGAGAGCCAAUCUGCUGUUUUGAUUGUAUACCUUGUGCAGAUGGAGAAAUUAGCAGUCAUAUAGAUUCCAAUGAGUGUGUCAAGUGUCCAUCAGAUUUCUGGUCAAACAGUGAAAAAACACAAUGCGCAGUGAAAGAAAUUGAAUUUCUUUCGUAUGAAGACGUAAUGGGAAUUACUUUAACAACAACAGCAUUGUUUGGAAGUUGUUUAUCGCUUAGCGUUUUAGGAGUUUUUUUACUCUAUCGAAAUACUCCUGUGGUAAAAGCCAACAAUUCAGAGCUCAGCUUCCUUUUACUGAUAGCACUAAACCUCUGUUUCCUUUGUUCUCUCUGCUUUAUUGGGCAACCUUCCCAGCUGACCUGUGGGCUGAGGCAUGUGCUGUUUGGCAUUAGUUUUGCUUUGUGUAUUUCUUGUAUUUUGGUAAAGACAUUAGUUGUGAUAAUGGUGUUUAAAGCCACUUUGCCAGGUAAUAACACAAUGAAAUGGUUUGGUGCAGCUCAACAGAGAGGCACGGUUUUCAUUUUUACAUGUAUACAGUCCUUGAUAUGCAUAAUAUGGUUAACCACAGCACCCCCUGUCCCAGCAAAAAAUACCAACUAUCAGAACAAAAUUAUUUUGGAGUGCAAUGUUGGUUCUUUAAUGGGCUUUGGCUUCCUGCUGGGAUACAUUGGUAUUUUAGCUUGUGUAUGUUUUGUCUUAGCCUUCCUAGCACGAAAUCUGCCAGACAAUUUUAAUGAAGCCAAGUUCAUCACAUUCAGCAUGCUUAUCUUCUGUGCUGUCUGGAUAACUUUUAUACCUGCUUAUAUCAGCUCCCCAGGAAAGUACACUGUAGCUGUGGAAAUAUUUGCUAUUUUGGCAUCUAGCUUUGGUGUUCUCAUUGCGAUAUUUGCACCAAAAUGUUAUAUUAUUUUGUUUAAACCAGAAGAAAAUACAAAAAAAGCACUGAUGGGCCGAGCUGUUACUAACAAGUGAACUUUUAUUUUAUACCAUACUAAUUCCUGACAAACCUUACUAAAUAAUAUCUAUUUUUAUAUAUUUUGG